GCGUCUGUUGUUCACGAUCGCCUGAAAGCAGGAGCGCCUGUAACAGUGGACUGCUUUGAUACAUGCUGUUUUGGAGUCACAUUUUUUGGAUUUGGACAACAAUUAACGACAAGAGACUGAAGUGCAUGAAGGUGGAAAACAUGAGUGUAGAUGCUCUGAGCAGAGUGGAGCUGCUGACUCUCCUCAGUAUCAUGGAGGGUGAGCUUGAGGCUCAGGAAGCAGUCAUCCACUCUCUGAGGGCCCGGCAAAGAGAUGCUUUUGUCCAGGAGCGCUACGGACAGUAUGAUCUAAGCGAUCCUUUCCUGGCCCUGCAGCGGGACAACAAAGCUGCAGAGCACCAGCAGACACUCACCCAACCUCACGCACAUCUGCAGGGCCGGGCAGUGGGUCCAAACCCUCUGGCUGUGCUGAAACUGGUAAUGACCCACUGCAGGAGGAUGCAGGAGAGGAUGAUGGGACAACUGGCUGCUGCUGAGAGCAGACACAGGAGGGUGAUAGCUGAUCUUGAGGAGGAGAGGAAAUGCUACGCCCAAGAAUCUGCGCGGAGUGCUGACUUUGCUUUCAUGCUGCAGACAGAGCGAGAUAAACUCCUGCAGCAGUUGGAGGUGGAGUGUUCAACAGUGCAAAGGUUAGAAAAGGAGAGAGCACAAGUGGUAAGCAAAGUGGAGGAGUCACUGUCCCAGCAGCAGCAGCAUUCCUCGAACCUAACACUGGAGCUGCAGAAAGCAAGUAAGCAAGCUCAGGAGGAGGCUCAGAAGGUGUCCCAACUUCAGAAGCUGCUACAAGUAGAGACAAGCGCGUCAGAGGAGCUUCGAGCUAUUCUCGAGGAGGAGAAAAGCAGGUCAGCCCAGGUGGAGGCCAAAUUAGAGAGGCAGCAGGCUGAGUUUCAUGCAGAACGAGGCCAGCUAAAAGCCAGGCUUAAAGCAGAAGAGGAAAGAAGCAGGGAGCUUGAGAAGCAAGUGCAAGAACUCAAUCAGAGGUUGGCUGAACCUCAGAAUUGUAUAGGAGUAAAGGAGGCCAUAAAAGAAGUAAAGGAGUCCAAGUUGACAAUGGUGUCGACCCAUGUUCAGACAGACCACAGUGGAAAGAUAAAUGUCGCUCCUAAAUCCUCCCCACUGCCAAAGACCAACGGCCUUCAUCCUCUAAAAGAUAUAGACGUGUCACAGGAGGAAAAGGGAGCAGAAAAUGGAGUGGAGAAUGGAGGUGGAACAUCUUUGCAUUUCCCUCUUCACCCUGUGUCCCACCCUCAUCCUCAUUCUCCAUCCAGCACCGCCUCCUCUUCCCUCUCCUCUUCCCCCAUCUCUUCUCCAGUUCUUGCUAAGCGACUGGGCAGUCCAGGCUUCCAUCAGUCCUUCUUCCAUGCUGGAGUAAACCAGCGAUUCCAGGCUGCCAGGAACAAGUUUCAGAGCCAGGCUGAGCUGGAACAGCAGCAGCAUGGUGGUCCCCUUUCCCCCAGAGACCUCUCUCCCACCUCAGCCUGCACUUCUCCUCCACCAGAGCACAGUCCAGCUAAGCAGCUAGCUCGCAACACAGUCACUCAGGUUCUGUCUCGGUUUACCAGCCAGCAGGCUGGAGUCAAGCUGGCACCAAUCAGUAGUUCUCCAUUUGGGACAGACUACCGCAAUCUAGCCGCCUCUCCUACAGGGGGGAGAUCACCCUCUUCAGGGCCACUGUCUCCUGGUAUCCGCUCCCCCCUCACUCCUCGCUCAGAGAAGAUCCACGCUUCUCCAAUACCACUUAAAAAACCAGGUAUCAGUCCAAUGCCAGGCUCACCGAGCCACUCAUUGAGAACAACCCUUUUUCCAGAGCUGACUGGGAACUGUGGACACAGCAACAGUGAGCAGGAUGGAGGGAAGGGAUCAGACCUGGUCUUAACAUCUACAGGUUCCUGACAGCAUCAUACAAACACUACUUCCAAAACAAGUCAGGAAUAAAAACAUCUUUUUUUUUAUAAUAUCCCUGUCUCCUGUUCCUUGUAAAAUGUCUCAGUUGCACUAAAACUCCAUAAGUGUGGUUUUCUAUCAAGUCAGAAAGCGGCUUACAUUCAAGCUGAUGAUGUGACAGGUUUAGAGCCAAAGGGUGGCACAAAUAUUGAAUGGAAAGUCUGCAUGAAGGGCAAAAAUGUUUAAACAAAAUAUUUUCUAAAUACACAGAAAAUGAAAGAAGAGGAAAAUUGAAUAAACGUUUAAAGGCACUAAUUAGAAAUAAUUUUAUCUCUUAUUCAAUUAGAAAAAGGUUAUGAAGAAACAAUAUUUUCAUUUUUUUAAUAAUUAAAAAGAAACCAAAUUAGAAAAGAAUUUGCAACUGAACACAUUGAGCUUCAUGCUGAACAUUUUAUUUGCAAUCAAGCAUAAUAAAAUACUGGUUUUAGAAAUAAAAUGCUGUUUAGCCAUGUAACCCUUGUGCUAUCCUAGGCACUUUGACAUUGGGAGUUGAGUCAUCUAGACCCACUAGACAGUGCUCUGAACCAUUUUUCUUCAAUGAUUUGUGAUCUUCACUGGUUUCCAUGGAUUACAUGAAAUCUUUCCACCUUUAUCCACCUUUGUCAUGGUAGGGAGGACACGUCAAUGUAAGGGUGAGGUCAUCUAAGAUAGCACAAGGGUUAAAAAGAACAUCUGCUCUUCCAUUAACUGACAGACAACUGGAAAACAAGUCUUUAGAACUAGGAAUAAACAUAUGGAUGCCCUUUCAAUUUGUUGUUUUUAUAAACUGUAAAACAAAUUCUAUAGUCUAUACUUCAUACAACUUUAAUAGAUAACGUUCAACUGACUGUUCCUCUCCAAUUAACAAUUACUUUAAGUUUUGUUUUAUUUAAAACACUAACUACUAGCAAAACUGCUAAAAAAGUACUGGGAGUUUAAAAGUAGUAGUAGUUUUAACCUUUUUCCAGAUGUUGUAAACUAUACUGUAAAUAUCUUUGAAAAAAAUGCAGCUGCUGUAAACAAAAUUCACAUGCAUGUGUUCUAUUCUAUUUUCCUCUUUAUUAAAAACACUGAGCUUCGUAUUCGAAAGAAAGCACACUUUGCACUGCUUUGCUGUGACAGGUUUUAGAUCAAAUCCAAUUCUUUUCAGGGAUGACAGUUCAACAAGUUUUAUUGUAAACUUAUGCUAUCAGCUUUGUAUUGGAAGCUAAUGUUUCCUUUCUCCUCUAGUUAUUACUAGUCAAACGGAUUGCAAACUGUUAAGUCUUGUAAUUUUUUUUCUGAUCUAAUUAAAUGUUCAGCAGUGAAUAUAUCUUAAACAUUGCUUUGAACCAACUUUAUUUUCAAUAAAUGGUUCCUCUUUGAAAGUU